AGCCGGGUGCCCCGGCCCUGCCGCUCCUCCCGGCCUCCGCAGUCCCGGCCCGGCGGGCGGUGAGUCCUGUCCUGCUCCCCGGGCAGAUCGGGGGUGUCGCGGGGUCGCCUCAUCGGGAGAGGGCCGUGCCCCGCCAUGCUGCAGUGCAAACACGCGCAGGAGUUCAGCUUCGGGCCCCGCGCUCUGAAGGACGCGCUCAUCUCCACCGACCCCGCGCUGCAGGAGCUCUACGCCAAGGCCUUCUCCAGGGCGGAGAAGCUGUUCCUGUCCGAGGCAUACAACCCCCAGCGCACGCUCUUCUGCACACUGCUCAUCCGCACCGCCUUCGACUGGCUGCUCAGCCACCCCGAUGCCCCCGAGGACUUCGAGACCUUCUACCACGCCAUGCUGAGGAGGAAGCAGAACUUCUGUCGAAAGCACAUUUACCUGCAGCCUAUAGAUUUAAUCGAAGGCCCCGCUGGGCUCUCGCUGCUGGAUUCCCUCCAGAGCUGUGUGGAGUCUUUCUUCCUGGGCCUGCGUGUGAAGUGCCUCCCCUCCAUCCCAGUCUCCUCCAUCCACUGCUGCUUCCGCCCCAGCCGGGACUCGGACAGGGUGCAGCUCCACGCAGAUGGGAUCCUGAAUUUCCUGAAGAACAACAAGCCCAUGGAUGCCCUGUGUGUCCUUGGACUUACCCUGCUGGAUCUUUACCCAUGUGAGACCUGGAGCUUCACAUUCAGCAAAUUCCUGCCAGGACAAGAAGUGGGAGUCUGCAGCUUUGCCAGGUUUUCUGGGGAUUUCCCCCAGGCUGGCUGUAGCAGCUUGAACCCACCCACGCAGAAGGAAGAGCUGUGUGAAGUCAGCAAGGAGGGCAGAGACAGAGCCUUGCAGUUCAGUGCCCAGGAGAUGGUCCAGUGCUGCAAGGUGACCUGUCAUGAGAUCUGCCACCUGAUGGGGCUGGGGACGUGCCGCUGGCUGCAGUGCAUCAUGCAGGGCGCCCUGAGCCUGGACGAGGCGCUGCUGCGGCCCCUGGAGCCCUGCCCCAUCUGCCUGCGGAAGCUGCAGCACGUCGUGGGCUUCAAACUCAUCGAGCGCUACAGGAAGCUCUAUGCUUGGACACAGACCGUGCUGUCCACAUGGCCAAGGCAGGAGUCAGCAGAGCUGUCUGCCUCAGAGGACAUCCUCCCGCUCAGCUCUGACUCUGGGAUGUGCUGUGAGAACGACUCCGAGGCCGUGACCUCCCUGUCCGAGCCGCUGACCCCCGACACCUGCAGCCAGGGCCUGUCCAUCGGGCCGGAGCUGGAGCAGGACGAGCAGCCCAGCUCAGUGCCCGAGGGGCAGCCCCAGCUCCCCGGGCACACCAAGGCCACGGACACCAUCAAGGAUUACGAGCUGUGGCUGGAGAUGUGCAUUGCUGCCCUGGAGAGGAACGUCUCCGAGGAGGAACUGGCUCAAGUGGACAAGACCGUGGAUGCCCUGGCGAAGUGGGAAAUGUUUACAGGCCAGCUGCCUGCUAUGAGGAAGGACCUGCCCUUUGCUAGGGACAGCACUGGGCUACGCAAAGUCCUUGGAGACAAAUUUUCCUCCUUGCGGAGGAAGCUGAGUUCCAGAAAACUGUCCAAAGGGGAAUCAUCCCCUCAUCGCUGGCGGUGGGAGGACAACUAGGCUGGGGCUGCCUUGGGCCAGCCUUCCUCAUCCCAAGCUGUUGCUGUCUCAGAGAAACAGCAACUCCCCCCAGGAAUAAAAGGUGUUUUGUUUUCUGAGAUUGCUAA